UUCUUCUCUGAAUCCUUUUUCACCUGCCAUCUUCAAAUCUCUAUACUCGAAUCACAACCUUAAGUCAGCCAAUCGGAUAAAAAUAAAAGGAGAAUCCGAGGUUACCACGAGGGACGACGCUGAAAGCCACGGGGCUAUGUAUGGCGCAGAGCCUCUGCGGAGGAAGGGGCGGUCGGCCAGGAGAUUGUGAACUGAUAUCCAUUGCUGUAGAGCAAUAACAGAUCAAAUCAAAUACUGAAAAUUAGCGGCAACGAAAAAACAUGAAACGAGGAUACCCAGAUUCUCCCUCGAGUUCUGCUGGGCAACCUCAAUCCAGAUUUAAGCAUAACCCAGAAGGUGAUGCACGGUUUUUGGAGGAAGAGAGCACAAAGGAUUUUGCCAGGAAAGUGGCUGACCAUUAUAGUUCCAGAACAAAUCAAACUUUGGAAGAACGAGAAGCAAGUCCUAUCAUUCACUUAAAGAAACUUAACAACUGGAUCAAAAGUGUCCUAAUACAGCUUUAUGCUCGGCGAGGUGAUGCUAUUCUUGAUCUUGCUUGUGGCAAGGGAGGUGACCUCAUUAAAUGGGAUAAGGCAAAAAUUGGAUAUUAUGUUGGCAUCGAUAUAGCUGAAGGCUCGAUAGAAGAUUGUCGGACACGUUAUAAUGGUGACGCAGACCAUCAUCAACGUCGCAAGAAGUUCACUUUUCCUGCCCGUCUUAUAUGUGGGGAUUGUUUUGAAGUACGCCUGGACCAAGUUCUAGCAGAUGAUGCACCUUUCGAUAUCUGCAGCUGUCAGUUUGCGAUGCAUUAUUCCUGGUCUACGGAGGCACGUGCGCGACGGGCUUUGGCCAAUAUAUCGAAUUUACUUCGUCCAGGAGGGACAUUCAUUGGGACAAUGCCAGAUGCCAAUGUGAUAAUAAAAAAACUUAGACAAGCUGAAGGAUUGGCCUUUGGUAAUAGUGUCUAUUGGAUACGUUUUGAUGAAGAGUUUUUGGACAAGAAAUUUAAAUCUUCCAGCCCCUUUGGAAUCAAGUACAAGUUUCACCUGGAGGAUGCUGUUGAUUGCCCAGAAUGGAUUGUCCCCUUCAACGUCUUUAAGUCAUUAGCAGAGGAGUAUGAUCUAGAGUUAGUUUUCUCUAAGAACGCUCAUGAAUUUGUGCAUGAGUUCUUAAAAAAGCCAGAAUAUGUGGAACUUAUGAGGAGGCUUGGUGCAUUAGGUGAUGGUAACCAAGACCAAAGCACAUUGUCACCAGAUGAAUGGGAAGUUGCUUAUUUAUACCUAGCAUUUGUCCUAAAAAAGCGUGGCCAAUCUGAACGUGCACAAGCAAAUAGUAGGAGAGACAAAGGGAAAUUGCAAAUAUCCAAGGAGGAUAUCAUGUACAUUAGUAACGGAACUUAAUGGGACGGCCUAAUAUGUUCAUUUAUAUUUCAAACAGGACAAUAAGAGAGAUGGUUGUGAAUGAAACAAUACAUAUACAUGGGCAAGGCCCUUCCACAAGGUUUUAGCUUUAUAUGUUUUUUAUGGAAAUUCCAAUUCGGUUUUGUAGAUUUAUAAUGUAAUAUUACUUCUAAGAGAGGGAAGCUAUGUGGUACUUAAUUAGUGUUUUUAGGGAACAAGAACACUAUUGACAUGUCUGUAAUCAGGCGCUCUGCUGGUUAGACAUUUUAGUGCUUUAAAGCAAUAGAAGCCUCUGAAGUCUGAAGCUGAACUAGAAUGUCUACGUGUUACAAGAUGGGGUUUACCACCAGUAUUUAUUUGUGAAUGGAUCAUUUAUUUAUUUUGAUGAAAAUAGAAGUUGGGAUUUACCAGUUAUAGCUCUCAUAUUUGGCAUCAGUUAUAGAAACCCAGCUUUAGUUUAGUAAAUUCUAAACUUUAAAGUUUAAUGGAUCAGAACAAGUUAUUACAUAUGCCUAUUUAGCACCUGAAGCCUCAUCCAUAAUACUAAAGAGUCAAGUGUUGAUGGCUGCAGAUAUAAGAAGGAUGAGUUUACACUCUUUAUAAGGUGUCUAUAGCAAGACAUACAUAAAAGGAACUCUGCCUA